CAGAGUUGAAGAAUUUUUCCAGUCCUUUUCCAGACUCUGAUUUAUUUUAUUUUAUUUUGGCUGUAUUCCGGGAACAGUCUAAGCUUGCUUCUGACACCAGAAAGAUCUUUGCUUCCUGGAGCUGUGUCCUAUACUACUCACAACAAUGGGCCAGUCAUCCUCCAAUACACCCGCUGAUCCAAAGAAUAAAACUUGGGCUUCAAGUGUCGAGGAAUUUUUUAAGGAUUUCAAGAUAGAAAGCCAAAUGCUCUCUUCUGAAAUGAUCAAGUUGAUUAAAUCAAAUAUUGAGAAAGGGGAUGUUCAAGGGACAGCUAAUGUGAUCAGUGCUGCAAUGAAAGAGAUUGAGAAUGCUGCAGUGAAUAUUGCUGUGACAGGUGAGUCUGGGUCAGGAAAAUCUAGUUUCAUUAAUGCCCUCAGAGGUGUUGGGCAUGAAGAUCUUGAUGCAGCUGCCUGUGGGGUCGUGGAGACAACGAUGGAGAGAAAGUCAUAUUGUCAUGCAAAGAUCCCCAAUGUGACACUGUGGGACCUGCCUGGCAUUGGAACAACUAAAUUUCAGCCUCAGGAGUAUCUGAAGAAAGUGAACUUUAAUGAGUAUGACUUUUUUAUUAUCAUUUGUGCUACACGCUUUAAAGAAUAUGAUUCACAAUUGGCCACAGUCAUUAAAAAAAUGAAGAAGAAUUUCUACUUUGUCCGAUCCAAGGUGGACAGUGAUUUAAAAAAUCAAAGAAGAGCUCAACCCAAGAACUUCUGUAAGGAUAAAACCCUACAAAUGAUCCGAGAGGACUGCUUGCGUAACCUGCGGGCCAUUGGUGUGAACGAUGCUGGGGUCUUUCUAAUCUCCAGUUUUGAAGUGUCUGACUACGAUUUCCCAAAGCUGGAGACCACCCUUCUGGAGGAGCUUCCAGCUUAUAAACGUCACAUCUUCACGCAAUGCCUUCCUUGUGUUACGGAUGCUGCCAUUGAACGGAGGAAGGAUUAUUUGAGGCAGAAGAUCUGGCUGGAGGCCCUGCAGUGUGGAGCACUUGCCACGAUUCCUGUCAUGGGAUGCAUCAGUGACAGUGAUGUGGAGCAGUUGGAGGUGACCUUAACUUUCUAUAGGUCUUAUUUUGGGUUGGAUGAUGCAUCUCUGGAACAUAUAGCCAAGGACUUGCACUUGUCAGUAGAAGAACUCAAGGCAAAUUUGAAGUCUCCAGAUUUGCUGUCAGUGGCAAAAGAUGAUGAUCUCCUAGCGGACAAAUUAUGGAAGAUGUUGGAGAAACUCUGCUUUAUCGGUGGAGGACUUCUUGCUACUGGGCUCUACUUUAGAAAGACUUUCUAUUUGCAAAAUCAUUUUCUUGACACUGUGGUGGAUGAUGCUAAAUUUCUUUUGCAGAAAGCAGUCAUUAAAGAGCAGCAUUAGCUCGUCAUAGGUCAUCUGCAUCUGAUUCUUGGCACUCAAAGUGAGAAGGGUGAAGGUCCCCGCCCCUGACUUAUCCAAACGGACUCCAUGAACUGGGAUAUGGGAAAUGGCCUUCACUUUCUUUGAAGUAUCCCUGGUGCACUGCUCUAAGCGAGGAUGAUAGACAUUUCCGUGAACAUUCCUGAAUCAACCAUCACUGGAAAGACUUUUAUUUAGAAAAUGACUAAUCAGUUCAAAAGCAUCUUUAUGUAUGGCUGGAUCAAUACCAGGCCGGCUUCUAGCAGCAAGUCACCUUGAAUCUCCCACACACACCUGCAGAACUGACCAGAGCUGCCUAAUGUAACCUGUCAGCAAAUUUGCAAGUUUUUUUCUUUCUUUUACUCAUGGCCUGUUUUGUUCUUGGCCUGUUUGGCUCACUACCCGCUUAGUUCUCAGCCCACUGCUCUGCACCUGGCACCAAUAAACCCGGAACCAGGAAGACAUCUUACAUUCCAGAAACCCGGAAAUACCU